UGCAGAUGCCUAAUAGAAUCGUCAAUCAAAAGAAUCAUAGCCAGUGGCCUGUGUUUGGCGACCACGCUGCUGUAUCUGUUCGGCGUGUUUUUGCCCUUCUGGAGUGUGUACACGUAUGUCGAGAAUGGCGUUCAAAUCGGCCACUACGGCGGUCUGUGGAACUAUUGUUUAAGAGACUCUGACCUCGGAACUCGCUGUACAACAUUCUCGGAAUCCAGUCUGGAACCCUGGUUCCGGACGGCCCGGGGACUGGAGCUACUUGCGUUUAUGGGCGCCCUGGCCCUGUUAGGGCUCGUGAUCGCCUAUAUGUUCUUUCUGCGGGAGCUCAAAUACGGCUUCAUACAGUGGAUCGUCAUCGGGCUCUGCUUUGGAAUAGCCCUGUUUUCCCUUAUUGGAAUGAUAGUAUAUGGCGCCUGUGAAACUGACUCCAGCCGCCUUAGCAGCUCAUAUGGACUGACAUUUUGUGCCUUUCUUGGCGCGUCCAUAGCGGGCGCCGUGUUUUUGUGGGAUAAAAUCGACCAAAUGAAGGGAACGGACGCCUCCAAAAUGAGUUUUCGCGGAGUUUCCUCCAUUCCUGGUUCCCGCGGUUACAACGGGCGCAUGCUCAGUUCGAGAUCUCGACCGGGUUCGAGAAGCGGGAUAAGUCAAGUGACCGGAAGUACGCGCAUUGGGGCAACGGCCAAUCAACUUCAGCCUACCCAAGAACAGGAAGUGGAAGUGAAUAACUGAUUUUUUUUAACAAUUUCCGGCCAUUCUUGUUGACAAACUGCAUGUGAGAAUGAUUUAAUAAGUUAUUUAUUGUUAAUUUGUUUGUGUAAGGCAACUUGAUGUUCUUUUGUGUGUUUUUUUCUACAUUUCGUUUUGUUCUGUUGUUAUUUUCUUCCGGAGUAAAACCGAACACGAUUUCGCUGCCUACCUGAGCUGAAUUCAGGUUAAUUCCUGUUCCAUGGUAAAUAAUGAUAAUUCAUUGUUUCUGUUGAGCAACGCUGACGCUAAAAACUUACAAUGAUAUGUGCCUCAACGUAUCAUGGAAUAUCGUCAGCAUUGCGCACUGAAACAAUACGUUGAAAUGGGCCGACGCACAGUUCUAAGCUUGCACAUGGCAUUUAAU